AUGAAAUUUGACUCCAAUAUUUAUGUGCUUGAAGAAAUGAAAGAUUUGGACAAGCUAACAAAGGAUGGAUUGUAUGGGACUCUCACAACCUAUGAAAUGAGAAGGGAAGACAAGCCAUCACAAAAGGAAGUAUCCUUCAAGGAAUCAAAGAAGAAGGAUAAACAUCAUGUACCAAAUGAAAGUUCAAGCAGUGAAUCAGAAGAAACAAAUGCUUACUUCAUGAGAAAAUUCAAAAAGGGUAAGAGCAAAAACGAAAGAAACUUUAGAUGCUACAAUUGUGGGAAAAUUGGACACUAUGCUUUAAAUUAUCCUCAAAAUGAAAGUGAAAGUAGUGAAGAUGAUAAGAAGACUUAUUCCAAAAGGAAAGGUAAUAAAAAAUAUAAGAAGAACUACUCCAAACAUAAUAAGAGUCUCUAUUCUAAGAAAGACUCUAGCUCAUCUGAAGAGAGUCUUGAGGAUUGCUCUAGCAGUGAUCAAGAAGAAAUACUUUUCAUGGCCAUAUUGGAAGAAAAUGAUGAAAGGGAGAAAGAAGAAGAACAAGAUGUGAGUUGUGUUGAAGAGGAUGUAGAUCUUGUAGAAGAUUUGUACUAUGCAUACAAGAAAAUUGAAAGGUUAAAGGAAAAGGUCUCAAAAUACAAAACAAGAUGUCAAGAAUCAAUUGAGCUUAUAGAAGACCUGAAAAUGCAAAUAGAAGAAGCCAAAAGAGUGGAGGAAAUAACAAUCAAUCACCUCAAGGAAAAAGAUGAAGAAUGA